UGAACGCUUGCAUCUUCGAUUCUGCCCCGCGGGACGAAUUGCUCCCAGUGAAUGACCAAAGACCGUUCAUUUUAACUACGCUCAGGAAAGGUUCCUCGCCAUAGUAUGGUUCAUAAUGAAUAUCCUAUAAAAUAGGCAAGGGCACGAUUACCGGUCUUCAAAGUUCCUACAUUCAAAUUCUUUUUGGCGAAUAUGUCUGACAUUGGGAACGAUCCCAAAGGACACGCCGACGGAAAGGCUGGAGAGACCAGUGCAAGUACGCAGGGUGAGUCACAAGCUGCGCAAGAUGCGAGAAGUAGGGCGAAAAGGAUCGAGACUCAGAGGGGAAAACAUCAAGAAAGAAAAAAUGAAAUGAAAAAAUGGAAGGUCGACAAAAAGGAUCAGCAUGACAGGAAGAAAAAGCAACAAGAGUCCCUUCAACGACAGCUCGAACAACUACGGAAACAAGAGGAAUCUGAGAAUCGUCAGACCGAGGAGCAAAAAAUAACUAAGGACAUUGAUAUGAUCGAUGCCGAUCUCAAGGCGAUGGAGAACGACUCGGAAAACUUUAUGGACUUUACAUCCGAUGACUCGAAUAUCCCGAGGCCGUCAAUCGAGGCAUCGACCGAAGAUGACGAUCAGGACAGCGAUCCGGCUGCAAUUCCCUUCCAAGCCGGUAGCGACACUUCAGAACUCUUUCCAGGAGCUCCCUGCGUGACGGUCGCCAAAAAGUGCAUAAGAGGAAACAGAGACGAUGCACCGACGUACCUAAAUCGCUACGGGCCUCGCAGAUGUGGCUGGUUCGUGUUUAGCACGACCUUGUUACUUCCUGAUGGCGUCAAAGAAGGAGACUUGGUCAAUGUCUCCGAGAAGAAGGAUCGCAUCUUGGAUUAUCCUCGACGACAGGGGGAAUCCAAGCCUAGACUCGGUGAUGUGCAAGGAUUCUUGAACAUAGUCUGGGAUUACGGGAAGCUUGAAGGUAAUCCGUUAGAGGCGGCAGAACUCUUGAAUCCCCGAAAGGUUAAGCAGACCGAUAAGUACCCAACCGAGAAAGAACGCCGACACCAAAAGCUAGAAAAAUAUCCUCAAGUGAACAUACAGCUUCAGUUCAAGAAUAAUUGGAAGACCGACUUCGUCGAAAAAGCAACUACGUGGGAAACAGGUUCACAAUUUCGACAACUAUACCGAAGGGACCAGAUCAAGGCGGAAGACGAGGUGUACCGCAUGGCACUCAAUCAGGCAGAACGUUUUCUUCGUUGGUAUCAGUCAAUCAAGCCGGAUGAAUUCGACGAGAAAGGGAUCUACAAGAGGUCUCCGAGUCGAGAACCAACCACGGUGCCGUUAACGACAUCCGUGUCCCCAACUCCGCCUCCGGAAACCACCCAGGUACCGAAGCCUGGUCAGACACAGCUUCCUACGCCACCGCCGGACGAAAAGACCCCUACGCCACCACCGGAUGGAAAGGCAGGAAACAAGCCUCAGACAGAUCAGGAUUCUACAAAAGGGAAGAAGAAAAUGACUCGAGAGAGGUUCAAGAAGAUUAUACUAAAAGCAUAUAAAGAUGCUGAAAAUAUAACAGGAGAAAUGACUGAAGACCAGAAUGAUGAAUGGGAAGUCUACUUUGAUGCUUAUGCCAGUAGAAAGGGGUACUCGUAAAAAUAGCCACGCAUCUAGAGCAGCGAACUCGGGAGAAGUAGGAAAUCCACUCAUUUAGCG